GUCAUUCGAUAACACCAACUUAAUCGCUAAUAUUGGGUACGCACCUGAGGGUUGACAAACUAUCCGACGGCAGGCCUAAGAAGCGUGGUGAAGUGGGCGAGACUCGAAGGUCUGCACUACAAAUCGGAGCGUGCUGUGGACGAGACAUUCAGAGGAUCCUCAUCUGCAAGGCGCUCAGGUGGUAUUCGCCUUGCGGCAACCUGCCCCUGAGCGCGGUAUUGCAGCUCCGUACGCAUCGUGCUGACGCCCAGGUGAGACUAGUGUCAUACAGCGGCCACUCCUUUGGCGAACGCGAGGGAUUUGGGCGGCGUCGGCCACCUGGAGAGAACUGUAGCAGGUGGACCGGCACACACCUCAGCGAGCAGCUCUAGUUGAGGCGUUCGCGAAGUGAUCCGUCAGAAAGUCAAAAUGCGCCUCCUCGUGGAGCUUGUGGGAUUGGCCGUGCUUGUGCAACUGCUCGUGUCAAGCCCUGUUCCGGUUGCUAGUCAGCCUGGCAGCUGGAAGGUGCUGCAAAAAAACGCUGGGAUCGCCUCCAUGCAUUCUGCGGUCACUCGAUUCGAUACGUGUGUGCUGCUCGACCGGACCAACAUUGGCCCGUCAGGAAUAAAGUUGCCCGGCGGACGAUGCCGCAACCAGCCCAAGGAACGCGUUUCCAAGACCGAUUGCUACGCCCACUCCGUCAUGCUCAACCCUGCCAACGGUGCCGUUCGGGCUCUGUAUAUCUACACUGACACGUGGUGCUCAUCGGGGCAGUUCAUGGGUAACGGAGUGCUGGUGCAGACAGGAGGGGACUUCGAAGGCAACAAGAAGAUCCGAACGCUGUCGCCCUGCGGCGCCGGAGGGAACUGUGACUGGGUGGAGACAGACCGGGAGCUGAGCAAGGGGCGGUGGUAUGCAUCCAACCACAUACUGCCUGGAGGUGUUCGGCAGAUCGUGGUGGGGGGGCGGAAUGAGCCCACAUACGAGUUUGUGCCGAAGAGGAAAGCCGGCGAGACAGUGUUCUCAUUGGCACUGCUGCGUGGGACAUGCUGCGACAAUCUGUACCCGUUCGUGUUCUUGAUGCCCAAUGGCGACCUUUUCGUGUUCGCCAACCAAGACUCGGUGAUUCUCAACAUCGGUUCAGGUAAGGUGGUCCGACAGCUACCGAAAUGUCCUGGAAAUCCUCGAAACUAUCCAUCGGGAGGAUCCGCAGCCAUGCUUCCCCUGAAGGCACCGUUUCAGUCCGUGGAGAUAUUGGUUUGCGGAGGUGCUGCAACAGGUGCAGCCAAAUCUGGGGACAAGGCAAAGCCCGCGUCUACGAACUGUGGAAGGAUCAACCCGACAGCCGGGAACGCGAGAUGGGUGAUGGAGAACAUGCCAAUGCGUCGUGUGAUGGGUGACAUGGUCAGCAUGCCGACGGGAGAGAUCCUGAUCAUCAACGGAGCGGCGAACGGGUACCAGGGGUGGGGAACUGCAAGCAAUCCUGUCCUACAGCCAGUGAAGUACGACGGGGACGCGAAUGCCGGGAAGAGGUUCCAGACGCAGAAGGCCACCAAUAUUCCCAGGAUGUAUCACAGCACAGCCAACAUGCUGGCAGACGGGAGUGUGCUGGUGGCUGGAAGCAACACUCACCAGUUCUACACGUACACUGGACCUUUUCCGACGGAGCUUCGCGUGGAAGCAUUUUCUCCGGAUUACCUGUCUGCGAGAAACAACGCCGUCCGUCCCCGCAUAACUCAGUAUCCAAGAGUUAUGAAAUACCAGCAAGCCUAUGAUGUUACGUUUGUUGUAAAUACGAGACGAGGUGUAGUGGCGGUGAAUCUACUGAGCGCUCCUUUCGCGACCCACAAUUUCUUGCAAGGGCAGAGGGCUAUCAAGCUGACGGUCGCAGUUCCUAGGCAGGCGUCUGGAGGAGCAUGGGCUGUGAGGACAACUGCUCCCCCCAGCGCGAACGUCUGCCCCCAGCAAUAUUACAUGAUGUUCUGUCUGCAAGCGGGUGUUCCUGGGAGGGCCGUAUGGAUAAAAAUGGAAUAAUUGGGGGCGUUUCGUGUGAAGGUUGCGUACAACAAAGCAUUUAUUGAUGAGUAGGAAAUUUCUUAUUUAAGCUAUUUAGUUUUUCUUACGCCUGCGGAUGGAAGAUAUGAUUCGGUUCCAGUAUUGAUUAGCAUGUGGAAUCAGGAUACUGCUCCAACUUUAACCGUGGCUGUGAGGCGUUAGCUAUUCACGACGUAUUAACUCGCGGGGCUUCUCUCGGAACAUGCCCUUAUCUGUUCGUAGCAUCCUGCGAAAUGUAGUGGGAUCCUCACUGUCCAGGGUGUCAUGAGUGAGUAGUAUUCUGGGUCUCAUCAGAUUCCCGAUCCUAGAUAUCGAAGUGCUCCAAAUUGGUGGUCUGUAUCGCGUGUGCAUUUGUGCUAUAUAAGGAGCCGCUUAGGAACAUGGCCAACCCAAGGUUAGGACUACCUUAAAUGGUUUAUUUUUUACAACAAUCUUUUGUCACAAGCAUAUAGGUAUAGAAGACUCAUUCAUUGAUACUACUCCUGGACUCGAACUGCACUACUUUGUGGUGCAUUUGAACGCAAAUAAAACAAACUUUACUGGAA